AUGGAAAGGUAUCUGAAAAAAUUCAAGGAAGACUCAGGAAGACAGGGACAAGAAGACGUUGAAAGAUCUGAAUAUCCUGAUGUUCAGCCAUCAGUAUCAGGCCAACAACCUGGUAAAAAUAAACCGUCAGAUUUAUCACAACAUGAUGAUGACUUGCCAUCUGAUGAGGAUCCUGUUAUUCCUGUUAUUGCGAAAAAGAAUUACACACAAAAAUUCCGUGAUUCAUGGUUGAAAGAGAAAAGUUUUAGCACAUGGUUAGUGAGAAACCCAUCAAAAUGUGAAGAGCCUUUUUGUCAGUUAUGUGCCAAGUCAAUUCGAGGAUGCAUUGUGAUGCACAAAAAAAGGUUGAAGAGUGCAUCAGAUACUCCGAGAGUUACAAUGUUUUAUAACAAAAAUAAAGAAGACAAAAUGCUCAAACAAAUAAAAUCUGCAGAAAUGAAAUUGGUAGCUUUUGUUGCAGAACACAAUUUAUCAUUUUCUGUUUUGAACCACCUACCACAGUUAAUAGCAUCUGUCUGCCCAGAUUCUGGAGUGGCUAAAAAACUGAAGUGUUGUAGGAAGAAAGGAACUAAAAUAACUAAAGAUUUAAUGAGGUCUGAAAAUAUUUACAAUUUAUCAAAAAAAUUGAAAAAAUGUGAAUUCUCCCUUAUAAUUGAUGAAAGUACUGAUAUUUCCUCAGUUAAAAAUUUGGCAAUGGUAGUACGCUUUUAUGAUAAGGAGAUGAAAAAAGUGCAUGAUGCUUUUUUAGCACUCUUGGAGGUACAGGAUACAGGAUGCCACUGCUGA